CGGUUCCUCUAUUUUACAGUUCUUUCUUUUUCGAAAUCUAAGUUUGUAGCAGCAGUCAAGCAAGCUGACACAUGAUAUGAUAAUAAAUAAAACAAGGCGAUUAACUUAAUUUCAUUAUGUUUAAACCUUAAUACAUCUUAAUUUCAAGUAUAACUAAUCUACCCAAGCACCACACACUAUCUUUGGCGUCGACUUGAAGUUGAGUUUCAGUCCAAACGUCACGCUUGAAGAAUAAAUCACCUGCUCCCCUUACUUUCUCGCUCUAAACGAGGCUACCGCUUGUGAGAUAUGGAUGGUGAAAUGCUGGUGGCGUGAUGUGGGGGUGUUUUGAGUCGAUUGGAAGGUUUAUGGAAUUGGUACCUUUUUCUAUGUAGUUAUCGUGGUUCCUCGGAGUUCAAUGGUAUGUAGGUCUGUGUGAAGGACAGGCUCACCAUUAAUGAGCAGAAAUGAAGAAAUGGUAUGGAGGUGUUCUGACGGCAUCUUUCUUGAUGUUAUUUGUUUUUGGAUACUAUGUUAUUAGAAAUCCUAUAAAUGAGAACUACUUCACUAGCCCUAUAAACUUCAACGGGACAAAUCCUUUGGAGUGGAUAAAUGCAGGUAGUCCUCCUGCAAUUCCCAAUCCGGAAAAAACUUCUCAAGUCUUCUCUGCUGAAGCUAUUGUGGCUAAUUUCUUUGCUCAAAGGAACUUGUCGAAAGAAGAAAAAACUUCUCUAUACACUUGGAACCGUUUGAAACCCCUGGUUAUGCAUGCUGAGGGUUUACCUAAUGCUGUUGAAGCUAUCAAAGAAGCUGGUGUAGCUUGGAAAAACUUGAUUGCUUCUAUUGAAGAAGAAAAAAGCCAGAGUAAUGGAAGUUUACCGAAGAGAGGGAAAGAGAAACAGUGUCCUCAUUUUCUUAGUAAAAUGAAUGCUUCAGAACUUGAUGAUAAUGGAUUUAAGUUGCUUGUCCCUUGUGGCUUGACUCAAGGUUCUUCAAUCACAUUGAUAGGCAUUCCUACUGGCCUUCUUGGUAAUUUCCGAAUAGACCUGACUGGUGAACCUCUCCCAGGCGAGCCAGAUCCUCCCGUUAUUUUGCACUAUAAUGUUAGGCUCCAUGGUGAUAAAAUAACUGAGGAUCCUGUAAUUGUCCAAAACACCUGGACAAUUGCACAUGAGUGGGGUGACGAGGAGCGCUGUCCAAUUCCUGACGAGGGAAAAAGUAAAAAAGUGGAUGAACUGGACCAAUGCAACGAGCUUUUGGGUAAAGAGAAUAACCAUACGGUCAAAGCUAACCGGUAUACUGAUGGAUCGAUUUCUUUGGUGCAUGAUGGGAAACCGAGAAAAUACUUCCCUUUUAGGCAAAAUGAUUUAUUUGUUGCUACACUGCGAGUUGGUUCAGAAGGAAUCCAAAUGACGGUGGAUGGAAAGCACAUAACUUCGUUUGCUUUCCGUGAAACGUUGGAACCAUGGCUUGUCAAUGAAGUACGGAUUUCUGGGGAUAUAAAUUUAAUUUCUGUUGUUGCCAGUGGUUUGCCAACAUCAGAGGACUUAGAACAUAUUAUAGACUUGGAAGAGCUUAAAGCUGUUCCGAUACCUCCUCGAACACAGCUGAAUCUCUUUGUUGGGAUUUUCUCUACUGCAAAUAAUUUCAAGCGUAGGAUGGCAGUAAGAAGGUCCUGGAUGCAGUAUCCCGAAGUACGAUCAGGACAAGUUGCUGUCCGUUUCUUUGUUGGACUGCAUAAAAACCAAAUGGUGAAUGAGGAGUUAUGGAAUGAAGCACGCACCUAUCAGGACAUACAACUGAUGCCUUUCAUGGACUACUACAGUUUGAUUACAUGGAAGACCAUAGCCAUCUGCAUUUUUGGGACCGAGGUUGUUUCAGCUAAGUUUAUAAUGAAGACAGAUGACGAUGCAUUUGUUCGUAUAGAUGAAAUCUUGAAUUCUCUAGGGAGCAUCAAUGUGACUCGUAGUUUGCUUUAUGGCCUCAUCAAUUCAGACUCACAGCCUCAUCGGAAUACAGACAGCAAGUGGUACAUCAGCCCUGAGGAAUGGCAAGACGAAACAUAUCCACCUUUCGCCAAUGGUCCUGGUUAUAUUGUGUCGAAUGAUAUAGCAAGGACAGUGAGCAAGAAACAUAGAAAGGGACACCUAAAGAUAUUCAAACUAGAAGAUGUUGCCAUGGGAAUCUGGAUCUCAGAAAUGAAGCAGAACGGGCUGGAGGUGAGAUACCAGAAGGAUGAGAGGAUUAUCAAUGAUGGCUGCAGGGAUGGUUACGUCGUUGCCCAUUACCAAGGCCCCAGAGAGCUGCUCUGUUUGUGGCAAAAGAUUCAAGAGAAAAAACGUGCCGUCUGCUGCGGUGAAUAACUGAAUGGAAAUGGAUGGUUGAGAUGAAGAAAUACUAAUAUUGGUGCAGUUGUUGAGAUAGUUGUACAAGUAGAGGAUGAAGAGAUAGUAAUGUGAUAUGAGUAGAAUAUAUGUAGGCAUUAUUAUGGCCGUCCAUUUUUGGAUAGCAACGGAAAGAUUUGUAUCAUAAUGUAUAUAGGGAGAGAGACAUGAACACAACAUUUUAUUCCUAUGUUGAUGAUAUUUUUUGUGCAGAGAAACAAAUUCACACUAUCAUCA